UUUGGGUCUGAGGGGGCGGCGCUGGGUGAAGGGCUCAGUCUGGUGGGAGUCGGCCUGGCCGCCGCGACCAAGGAGUGACCAGCGCCACAAUCCUUCCGUGGGCUGCUGCCCUGUUGGCACAUUACCUCCCAGGCCUCCCUUGCCCUGAGGGGUGAGCUGAUUGGGAUGGUACCCCGGGAAGCUCCUGAGUCCAGCCAGUGCCUGUGCCCUUCCCUGGGGAGCCCCAAUGCCAAGGAUGUGCUUCGGAGGAAGCACAAGAGGAAGAGUCGACAGCACCAGAGGUUCAUGGCCCGGAAGGCCUUGCUGCAGGAGCAGGGGCUGCUGAGUGCACCCCCAGAACCAGGAUCCUCUCCACUGCCCACGCUCUUGGAUGCUCCGCCAGGCACAGAAGCUUCCAGCAGUGUGAGGCAGCGUCCAAAGGCUGAAUCUGGAGGUGCCCCCUGCAGCAGAAAGCCCACUCCCAGGGAAUCUGCAGGGCCCUUGCCAAGCAAGUGCGUGGCUAUCGACUGUGAGAUGGUGGGCACAGGCCCCCGGGGGCGGGUGAGUGAGUUGGCCCGCUGCUCCGUGGUGAGUUACUAUGGCGAUGUCCUCUACGACAAGUACAUCCGGCCUGAGAUGCCCAUCGUGGACUACCGCACUCGCUGGAGCGGCAUCACUCGGCAGCACAUGCGCAAAGCCAUCCCCUUCCAGGUGGCCCAGAAAGAGAUCCUCAAGCUCCUGAAGGGCAAGGUGGUGGUGGGGCAUGCCCUGCACAAUGACUUCCAGGCCCUCAAGUACGUCCACCCUCGGGGCCAGACCCGGGAUACCACUUACGUCCCCAACCUCCUCAGCCAGCCUGGCCUCCACACCCGGACCCGGGUCUCUCUUAAGGACCUGGCCCUGCAGCUGCUGCACAAGAAAAUCCAGGUGGGCCAGCAUGGGCACUCAUCCGUGGAAGAUGCUGUGACGGCCAUGGAGCUCUACCGGCUGGUGGAAGUGCAGUGGGAACAGCAGGAGGCCAGCAGCCCCCAGAGCCACCCUGAGGACAGAGAACCUGACAGCAGCACGGACAUGGAGCAGUAUAUGGAGGACCAGUACUGGCCUGAAGACCUGGCCCCAGGCACCAGCAGCAGAUCAGGGGAGGCGCAGGGCAGAAGGGAGUGAGGGAGAAGAGGCUCCCGUGGGGAGGAGGCCCAGGGGAACAAUAGAGGCUUCAGCCAGCAGCGCCCAGGGUCUGAGGAGCUGGGACGACCUGUCCUCUUGAGCUCUGCCUUCAGAGGCACAGCCUUUCCCCCCUGACUUCUGUGGUUUUGCUAAUGGCACUUGAUUGACACCAAGUAAAUCUCAGGUGGGCGGGCUGCUAGAGUCCAGCAGGUGUAGAGAAUAUGCCAGCAGAUAGCACCAGGCUGCCACUGGCCUUCCCCACCCCAUGCUGCGCUCUCCCUCUCUGGGGGUGGUGGAUGGGGUGUCAACAGCCAGGAGUUCACUUGUCUCAACUCAGUGACCUGGGGUAAAGCUCUCUUCCCAUCUUCCCAUCUACCUCUGCCUCCAGAGUCACUUUCAGGUUCAGAGUAAAUACACCCUGAAUCUGUAGAGUUGAGGCCACUCAAGGGACAUUUCCUUUCUCAGCUGGAGCUCUGGCUGCAGCUGUUGCAGGAACUGCUAGGCUACAGAGGAAUAGCAGAGCCAACAGGCUUGUGGGGAGCUGGGCCCUCCCAUGCUGCUACCAGAAGUCAGCAGACACUAAUUUCGGAGGAGGGAAAGCACAUGAGCUUUGGAUGGAGACUAGCAUAUUUAUUUUGACCCAAAUCAGACGUUCCUCCUGCCCACCCAGCACUAGGCUCCCUUAACAAAAAUCUGAGAAACAGGGCAGCAGUGUGAGUUCUGGGACCCCUGUGCAGAAUUGCCCACAAGGACUAUUAUUUAUUGAGAGCAAGGCCACAGGUCUGUAAGAGAGCAGAAUAUGUGCCCACUGGUGCUGGGUGGGCAGUAAGGGCUGUACAGCUGUGCCUUCCUGCUCAGUGGGUGCCCCCAUUCAUUGGCGGUUGGGUUUUCUCCAAAUUUCUAAAAUGAUUCUGUUGGUAUUUCAUCCCUCACCCCUCUUUCCAUGUUUCCUAUGGGACAGUUUUGGGGUGUUGGGGUAACCAAGAGCUCAGGUCACACAGGACCUUUGAGCCCCAUCUUGCUACUUAAUAGCUUUGAGACUUGGGCAAGUAUGUGACUCCACCCUGGAGUCUCUUCCCUCAUGUGUAAGAUGGGGGUAACAGUACAACCUGCCUCAGAGGGUUGGUAGAGGUGAAGCCCUGAGUGCUUGGCACGGUGCCUGGCACAUGGUGAGCUGAGGUCAGCGCGAGCUGCUGGUUUUGUUUAAGGAUCAGUAUCAUCCUCUUCUAGGUAACACCUGAGCAUGCCCACGGGUCGUGUGGCUCUGAUCCAGACAGAACUGUCCUCGUGGCUGUCCCAGGAGGUGUGGCAUGGCCCAGAGGGGACAAAACCUGGGUUCCCUGUUCUGUGAGCAAAGUGGCAGGGUCAGGAAAGGAGGGACACUUACUGAGACCACACAGCUAUCAGCUCGGGGCUGCAGAUUGUUCUGGGAGCUGGCUGAGUCACUCACUGACCAUUGCCGGCCUGGCACCAGGACUUUGUCCUGAUUCCUUAAAAGUCUGGCUGACGCCACGCUCACAGCUAAACAGUAGCUUCAGUUCUUUGGUCUGUGGGUUGAGGGAGGAUGGAGCUGUUAGCACUGGGGAAAUGUAAUGGGGUUAAAGUCAGCUUUGUUGUAAAAUCCUUCUGGAAUAAAACUCAAUUGGGAAAGUA